GCAGCCCUGGUUGGGGGGACAACCAUGGUUAUCGGACAUGUACUUCCAGAUAAAGAAACUUCCCUGCUAGAUGCUUAUGAGAAGUGUCGCAGCCUGGCUGACCCAAAGGUGUGCUGUGAUUAUGCCCUGCACAUGGGCAUCACCUGGUGGGCACCUAAGGUAAAAUCAGAAAUGGAAACUUUGGUUCGAGAGAAGGGUGUCAACUCCUUCCAGAUGUUCAUGACAUACAAAGACUUGUACAUGCUCCGAGACAGUGAGCUGUACCAGGUGUUCCGUGCUUGCAAAGAUAUUGGAGCUAUCGCACGUGUUCAUGCUGAGAAUGGCGAGCUGGUGGCUGAGGGAGCUAGGGAAGCUCUGGAUUUGGGCAUCACUGGUCCAGAGGGAAUUGAGAUCAGUCGACCAGAAGAGCUAGAGGCGGAAGCUACACAUCGUGUCAUCACCAUUGCUAAUCGGACUCACUGCCCUGUCUAUCUGGUCAACGUGUCUAGCAUGUCUGCCGGGGAUGUUAUAGCCACAGCCAAAAUGCAAGGGAAGGUUGUGUAUGCAGAGACCACCACAGCACACACUACGUUAACAGGCUUACACUACUAUCACCAGGACUGGUCCCAUGCAGCAGCCUACGUCACAGUGCCACCCUUGCGGCUAGAUACAAACACUUCCACCUACCUCAUGAGUUUGCUUGCCAAUGACACUGUGAAUGCUGUCGCCUCUGAUCACCGGCCUUUCACCACUAAACAGAAGGCAAUGGGGAAGGAAGACUUCACUAAGAUCCCCCAUGGAGUCAGUGGGGUACAGGACCGUAUGGCUGUCAUCUGGGAACGUGGAGUG